UUAUUAUUAUUGAAGAUAUGUCUAACCUUAUGACGAUGAUGAAUCAUGGAAAGCGUGUUGUUGCUGUGGCAAUUGAGAAUAAUAAGACAAGCCAAAGUGCUGCAAAAUGGGCAGUGGAUAAUAUUCUUCCAAAGGAUCAAGAUCUCUUACUCAUCCAUGUUAAGCAAAGAUCAUCAUCAGAUAAUAGUCGUUCACCAUUGAGAAGCUAUGAGAUGAAAGAAGGUACGGAUAGACCACAUGACAAAGAAUCAAAGGAGCUGUUUGAGUCGUUUCGAGUGUUUUGCAACAGAAAGAAUGUACACUUCAAAGAAAUUUUGUUAGAGGACACAGAUAUAUCAAAGGCAUUAGUAGAAAGUGUUACCACAUAUUCCAUUGAGCUUUUAGUACUUGGGGCAGCAUCAAGGAGUGGUCUUGCUAGGUAUAGCUGUAGAAACUAA